CAGUAUUGAGAGCAGCACAGUGAAGAGGAGGAUGAGGGAAGAGGAGGAGGCGGCGAGCGGAGGAAGAAGCAUGAAGCAUUCAGCCACAAAUUAGCCUCAAAGACGGCGGGAGAGCAUCGCAGCUUCCCUGGUUGGUUUGCGGCCGACUGGACCCUGGAAGGGAGGCAGGAUGGAGAAGCACUUUCUUUGUGGGGUGGUGGAAGGUUUUUACGGGAGACCAUGGUCAAUGGACCAGAGGAAAGUUCUCUUCCAUUGGAUGCAGAACUGGGGUUUGAACACCUACUUGUACGGCCCAAAAGAUGACCUAAAACACAGGCUGCUGUGGAGAGAAGUCUAUUCACCUGAGGAGGAAGGUCAGUUGCGUACUCUGAUUUCGGAGGCCCAUUCAAGAGGCCUCGGGUUCGUUUACGCCCUCUCUCCUGGUCAGGACAUUGUCUUCUCGUCCGCCUGUGAUCUGACGCUUCUUAAACGCAAGCUGAGACAAGUCUCUGAUCUCGGCUGCCGGGCAUUUGCCAUCUUGUUUGAUGACAUCGAUCACUCUUUGUGCCAGGCCGACAGCGAGGCCUUCUCUUCCUUCGCACACGCUCAGGUCACCGUAACCAAUGAGAUUUAUCGCUUCUUGGGGGAGCCACCUGUCUUCCUUUUCUGCCCGACCGAGUACUGCGCUUCUCUGUGUUCCCCCAGUGUGUUGAAGUCUCCUUACAUGCAGACCAUUGGCGAGGACCUGCUUCCCAACAUCACAGUCAUAUGGACAGGGAGUAAGGUCAUCUCCAGGAAACUGUCUUUGGACUGCCUGGCAGAUGUGGAGUCCAUACUCCAGCGUCCACCACUCAUUUGGGACAACUUGCACGCCAAUGACUAUGACUCCAGACGCCUCUUUCUGGGUCCGUUCAAGGGACGCGAGCCUCAGCUCAGGGACCGCCUGAGGGGCCUCCUCCUCAACCCCAACUGUGAGUUUGAGGCCAACUACAUCCCUCUGCACACGCUCGCAAGCUGGUACAGAGCUGGGAGUGAGGAGAGGAAAGAUCAGGAGCCAGAUUAUUGUCCUGACAGAGCUUUGUCUGCUGCACUCCAUGACUGGAUGGAAGAACUCAACCAGCCUCUGCAAGCAGGUAGGCAGAGUGCACGAACAGAUCAACGCUGUUCUGUUGCGGCGUCUCGAUGCAAACCCCCGGACAGAUCUGACUCCACCUCCACCUUUAGAGGGACCUCUGUGGUGGAUAAACUCCCCGUCUUCCCCCUCAACUCUAGCUCGCCACCUCCCUCACCUACUAAGGCCAAAGGGGAGAGGGAGGUUCAUGAAGGCGAGAAGUGGAGGCAGAACCAUCCAGGCCAAGCCAUCCAACAAGCCCUGGGAACCAGGCAAGGAGCACCUUCAGGGGGAGGCCGUGGACAUAAGGCCCGGGGUCGUGGGCUCUGUGGUGGGAAGGGCCAACUGAGUGAGUCCCAGGUGCGGCUGCUGGUUGGUCUCCAUUAUCUUCCUCAUGAGCAUGGCCCAUCAGCGCAGAAACUUCUUCAGGAACUCACCUGGCUGAAAACAAACUGCCACCUUGUCAGCGCUAACAGUAAAAAAAGUUUACCACAGAAGGUGGACGAAUGGCGGGGCAGGGCCGCCGGGUUUCUGUCUCUGUGUGAAGACAUAGCGCAGCUACACUGUAGUGUGGUGGGCGGGGCCAACAGGGCAGUACUGUAUGACCUUUACCCGUACGUAUGGGACCUAAGGAACAUGGCACUUGUGGCCAAGGCCUUUGUGUGCUGGCUGGAUGGUCGAAUGUUGAAUGACAGCGCCACCAUGGCCUCCUGGAGGAACUGCUUCCAUUGGUGCGGGAAGGCGUCUGGAGGGGAUGUGCUGGGAGAGGAGGCGGAGCCAUGGGCGUUUAAAGGGGGCGUGUCUGGGGAAGUGCAGAUGCUUCUCCCAGUAGGCAGCAGCAGUGAGCUCUUCACGCACCCUCCUCCUCUGUUCCCCACCUCACGUCUCUACAACAUCCGGCCCUACCAUAGCAAGGACAAGGUGGAGUUGUAUCGGAUGGUGCGUCAGCUUCACCUGAGGUCCCAGUGUGGCCCAGAGUCUAGUGCUUCUCACCCCGAUGUGGUAGGAGACAGGUGUUUGGGACCCUGCCUGGCCUUGUGCCCCGAGUACAGCUUCAUCCUGGAGGAUGAGCUGGGCGUGUGCGGUUGCAUUUUGGGCAUCUUGGAUGUGCGCUCUUUUGCCAAGCGCUGUCAGGCCAGCUGGCUGCCUGCCAUGAGGGACAAGUACCCACCCAAAGGGGGGCACUCCAACACACAGGACUUGAUCAAGUUGAUGGAGGAGGACCAAGGAGAAUACCCGGAUUCGCUCGUCUAUCAUUUCCCCUCUCAGCUGCGUUUGGACGCACUGCCCGAGCUGGUUGAUGUCAGUGUCAGCCGCACCCUCCUCGCCGCCCUCCUGACGGCCCUCAAAGCCAACGGUUCGCAGGGUGUGUUCUGUGAGGUGCAGCCGACGGACCGCCAGAGGCUGGAGUUCUUGACAAAACUGGGCUUUCUGGAGAUCCUCAGAGGGGAAGCCAGGAGCAGGGAAGGGGUGGUGAUGGGCAGGUUGCUCUGAGCACGCACCCCACCCCCACACUCACAUGCACACAUUCAAACACGCACAGCAACAUGUAAAGAAAUUUGCACGCAUGCAGUACAGUAGAUACACCGAGGCACUUACAAUACGUGUAAAGGAAACAGUAACUUACGUAAAACCCCUGAGAAUGUGUUAGUCUUAUGGUGUCUCUCAAGUUCAUACCAAUCUGGACUUGAAUUCAAACUCUACCAUAGAUCUCUGCCUAUUUGCGGUUUAGCAUUUGCGACCCUGCAUAUUCGCUGACUUUUUUCCCUGCCUAAAUUGUAAUUGCAAUUGUUUCUUAAUGUGUAAAACUGAAAGCAUAUACAAUGUCAUAAAUUGACAUUUAAUGGGUGUGUCUAUUAUUUGUGGUUUUUCACCAUUUAUGAGAGGUCUUGGAUGGUAACCAGAGAAUAUCGGAGAUCUACCGUACAACAUAUCCAGGUAAAGGUGUACAUCCUGAACAUCUGAACUUGACUUCUCCUCACUCCACAACAAUAGGAUGUUGUUUGCUAGCUCUUGGAGUGUUUGCUUAGUAUAGAUGAAUUUUUACAUGCAUGAAGAACUAAACAUUGUGUCGCUAUUCAUGGGAAAAGAAAACCCAAAAAUCACAUAACGCUGUUAGAGCCAUCAUGGUUAAGUCACACACUCCAAAUGCUUGUGCAUGUGCAUUAAAACCUACACCUACCUAAUGUUUGCAUCGGGUUUAAGUGAGUAAACCUUCAUUUGACAUCAUUCAAUCACAGGUGAUAAGAAAAGAGAGAUGCCAUUCUGCCUUUCUUCGGAAGUAAGUUCCCAAAUAGGCAAGCAAACUAACACACACACACACACACACAGAAAUACACAAGAAGCACAACACACAUCACACGUCAACUGAAAGUACACACUAAGAAUGUUCAUUUCUUGUAACACAUGCAGGAGAAAAGCAGUUGUGUGAGUAUUUUGUAUUUAUACCUUGCUUUUGCUUCUUUUCUACAAUUGUGCUCAAUCAAUCAAUCAACCAACCAAUCAAUCAAUUACACACGAAAAGGCACUUUUGUAUGUUUCUUAUGACCAAACUCAUCACAUAUCAGCACUGUCUGUGAUAAAAGAGAAACAAUGUGGAAUAAAAAAAAAAGAAGAGAAAUAACUAGAACAGUCAUUUAAAAUAUGUCUACAUGGGGAAUAAUGGCGGUAAAUACUGUAUUCUGACAAAUAAUCAAUAAAGGCAACUUGGACCACUGUGAAAAAAAAUAAUAGUUAACAGUGUCUGUUUUUCUCACUGAGUUUACACACGUGCAGUGAACACAUGUCAUUUCAACAAUGUUUUCACUGACUGACUAAUAAAAUGUAACCAAAAUAA